AUGUUCGACUUGGAGGAAGAAAGGCAGACGAGGCGAGGCGCACAUAUGCAGCCUAAGGUAGAGACUGUGCGGGACAGGAGAGGGUGCAUUGGAGUUAAUUUCUCCCCACUUCAAUAUCGUCUAAGAUUAAUUGUCCGAUCAGUCACCCAUGCCAUCAUGCUCUUUGCCGACGCAUAUUGCGCUAGGAUCUGGAUAACGGUUGGUCGUCAGGACCUUUCUGACCAGGUAGAAGUACUGCAAAAAGCACAAAUUGGCCAGGAGAUUGCUGUAUACGUGGUCAAGAUCAUAGUACCAAUACUACUAAACAAUGCAACAUUUGGUGAAGUUAUGCACAGCGCAGCCAUCGACGAAACGACCGAAUCUAGCGAGAUUGGGAGAGUCUCAGAUGAUCCUCAUGUGUGCGGUCCGCUUCAAGGCAAGGGAUUCGACAAGUCGUCGACAUACCAUGCCCAUAUACACCUGUGGUUGGCUUGUUGCAAAUGUGUUGUGGACCGCUUGAACUUACCCUCUACCCGAGCACUCCCCUCCCUAGUUCAAGCCUGCCAUUAA